AGCGCACGAAUCAGUUUGCUCCAGUCUCUCCCAGGACCAGACCAGUCUCAUCCCGGACAGAAGAAGACCACACCUCGCCGGCAACAGAAAAGAUGGCCCGCCUUGCAGUGUUCGUUCUUGCCGGCUUGUGCGUCGUCACUUUGCUACUAAAUCAAGUCACGGCCAGGGCAGUGGACAAGGCAGAUUUGCUGCAAAAGGUUGAGGAACUGAGACAGGCUAUUGAAGAUGCGGAGCUGCUACCAGCCAGCGAGGACGAGGCCAACGAAGAAGAAGUAGACCUGCCAUUCAACAAUGACCCGAUCGGAGAGAUCGCCCGCCGCAACUUAUGCGCCAGUCUGAGGGCGCGCCAUACUAUUCCGCAGUGCAAAAAGUUUGGCCGCCGCUAGAUGGCACUUCGUAACAGGGUACUUGUUUGGACAGGUACUUCUAAUCGUCGGUGUUACCUGCUACAGCUAUACGUCACGAUUGUCUUUACUUAUCGUCAUCUAUAUAUUCUCAUGUGCAUGUCUAGUGCCCGACCUCCCCUUCGAAAGCGAUACUUUGAGCGAGAUAGAGCGCCGCAACAUGUGCAGAAACAACCCCAAGGCUCGCAAGAUGCCGCAGUGCAGACGGUACAGAGUGGGGCGCCGGUAGACGCCGCAAGACUCAACCGGACAGACACGUUGGGACCUUCGACUCUCCUCGGUAUAGAGUGUAUAGGAGCCAUAAAUGUUGUGUUUAAAUAAAAUUUUCACCACUGCAAUGUGUGUUCAUUCUGCUGAAAAAAACACACCACAUUUCCACAGACCUAAUCUGUAUAAAGUGGACAAAAUUUGACCAAAACCAUUCACAAUUCUGAAUUUCACACUUGUUUCCAUUUCUGAUCGUUUGGAUGUUGUCUUUGUUCGCUGUUGUUUAGAUGCUUCUCGGGAAGAAUUAAGAGGAGAGAGGGACGUCCUUUGCGUGAUAUUCGUCUAUGAAACAUAGCUGGAACUAGAAAUACGUCUUGUAAAGAGAAAUGUACAAUUAGGAAAUUGUUAUAGAUGCAAAAAUUGUGGUUAAUAUCUCCACAGAAGUAUCAAUAUUUAUGUAGAUAGUUCUUCCUUAUAAGCAUUAUUUCAAUUUGUACAUUUUACAUACGCUGCACAACUUACAGUCAAGAUGACACUUAUUGCUGGCACUCAUCUGAGUAAAUUUAAAGAUGAAGACUUUGUUAGGAGAAAACAUCCCUAAUAUUUACACCACCCAUGCACAGCUGAUAUUAUGUUCCACUCGUUUUGCCUGGAAUACUUUAAAAUCUGCCAGCUUGCAUCUCAUUCCCCUGGUUUAAAAAAAUGUCUCAUCAUUUUGGCGACUACUGCAUUAUUCCAUGUAGUUCUACUACCAGUGGGAUACAACUAGAUCCAACCUGUUGGUUUGUCAUUGACAGUAAGAAACAUGUCAUUUGCUUUGGCAACUUUUCGCAUAACGAAUGGUGAAGAGAAGGAAUGCUCACACAGUAAAGUUUACAGGGGGGCACUGGUCUAAUAUGAAUGAAGGACACAACAAUGAUAUGUUAGCUUCUUUAUGCUGAAGUACAUGUGUGUUGGCAUUGUGAAAUAAAUAGUUGUCAUGUGA